AUGGAUCUUGCACAUCCCACGACGCCCCUCCGCUGCUUCAUUUGCCGGCGCCACGGAGCAGCGCACCUCGAAGAGCUGACCGGUCACCGGCAGAAGAUUCCAUCCACAGUUCACGGUUUGUCGACCUGGUUGUCAGAGUACUCCUACAUCAUCGAGCUCUGUGGCACUCUUUGCACCCUCGAGCGGAUUAGUCUCAAGGAGUGGCGGCAGCUCAUGAUGGAAAAUGACGGAAGGCGUGUCCGCUUCGUGUCCAUGGGGCUCUUCGACAAGAAGACCCCGACUAUGUGGAACUUCUGUGAAGAUUUCGAGGAGCCGCCGCCCAUGAUCGGCAAUGAGGUGCAGCGGGCGCGGGAAGCACAGAAGGAGAGAAGCGUGAAGGUCCAGGACUGCUAA